UUUUGAAAAAACCACUAAAAUGUCACACAACAGUGCUUUACCUGCAACUUUUGAUCCCUACGAAUACCUUCAGAUUGUCCUCAACCCGGAUGGCACGAUCACUCGCAAACACAGUUUACUAUCAGGCGCCGCCGCCACAUCUGAUCCUUCUCACCACACUAUUCCCUCUAAAGAUAUCUCCAUCAACCAAUCAAACAACGUUGGAGUUCGCAUAUACCUUCCCCGUCAAGCACUUGAUUCUUCGUCCACCGUCAAGCUCCCUCUCAUUGUUUACUAUCAUGGUGGGGGCUUUAUUAUCGGCAACGUAGCCGCAAGUGUUUUUCACAAUUUUUGCUCAAACAUGGCACUUGAAUUCCCUGCUGUCGUUCUAUCAGUCAAGUACAGGCUUGCCCCAGAGCACCGUCUCCCGGCGGCUUAUGAUGAUGCCAUGGAAGCCCUGCACUGGAUCAGGACCACUCAAGAAGUUUGGUUAAAAGAAUAUGCCGAUUUGUCUUCAUGUUUCUUAAUGGGCACGAGUGCAGGCGGCAACAUUGUGUAUCAUGUAGGAUUACGUGCAGCUUCGCAAAUUGAUGAAUUAUUUCCACUGAAGGUCAAAGGGCUGAUAUUGCAUCAACCUUUCAUAGGUGGGGUCAAAAGGACCGAAUCAGAGUUGAGGUUGAUGAAUAAUCCAGUUUUUCCAGCUUGUGUUAGUGAUUUAAUGUGGGAUUUAUCAUUGCCACAUGGGGUUGACCGUGAUCAUGAGUACUGCAAUCCAACGGUGGGGGAUGAGUCAAAGGCCUUAGACCAAAUCAGGGUUCAAGAAUGGAAGGUAGUGAUUACAGGGUGGAAUGGGGACCCAAUGAUUGACCGUCAGAUUGAGUUGGUGAAAAUGAUAGAGCAAAAGGGUGUAAAAGUGAAAAGUCAUUUCUGUGACGGAGGUUAUCAUGGAAUAGACAUUGUUGAUGCUACCAAGAUGAAGGAACUGCAAAUUAUCCUAAAAAAUUUCGUUUUGUCUUGAGAUAUUUUGUUGCUUACUUGAA